ACAUUCGAGCCGACAUUGCCAUCGACUGUGAUUGCGCCUGCUUCUUCAUGUCUUCCUUCUUCAGUUGUAAAAUUGGAACCCUCUUCUCCUUUUCUCUCUCGCGUUGCUGUUGCGCGAAAUCUUCCUAAAAACCAAGAUGAGAUAAGAAUAUAAAUCUUUCAUGUGACAGAACAGUUUAUCUUGUCAUGGAAGAUAGCGGAAUUGACAGUGAUCCAAAGAACACUGGUCGCGUAGAAGAUGAAAGACUUUUUCUGGGAAGCGAUAGUAGCUGCAGCAGCAACCAGACACAAACAUCUCAACACAAUUCUACCACGAAGCAGCUACAGAAAAAACUUGAGGCACGUAUCGAACAAGCCAAACGUAUUCAACGCAGUUCAGACUACAUAAAGUUACCAAAAUACGAUGAAGGAGGCAACAGUGGUAGAAACACUGUCGGCAUGAUCUCAUUUCAAAGGCUUCCUAUACCGAACAAGAGUAAGGAACAUCUGCCUCUCGUUGAGUAUUGGCACAGCGACAGUGAAAGCGAAGGUGAGAUGACCCUGUUCCCAACGUCGAAGACAAAAGAUUCAUCAAAGCACAAACAAGAUUUGACCGAUACGUUUAGCAUCGAAGAGCUAAGCGAAGAAAGCGAAGACUCGUUGAACUUAGGACCAACGCAACCAUCACCUGAUUUAAAGUUUAUGCAGUACCACGGUUGUACUGAGGAUUGCCUUCGUUGUCAGUGCCACAUAUUGUAAUUCAUUGUUAUGUAUAUGCUUUAAGUAUAUCGGAGAUUAAUUAUUUUUUAUGUGUUGUUGAAUAUUAAUUUAUUAUUUUGACAUUUUACAUAACUGUGUGAUCAGAAAAUUUUAUAUAUACAUACAUACAUAUAUAUAUAUACAUACAUACUAUAUGUGGGAUCAGGACCCCCCAGACCAAAGUGUGGGACAACUAGGAAAUGUAAAAUUUUACGGCAGUGUUGUUGACUGGCCAGUCCUAAAUUAGGACCCAUAAUCAAUCCUAAUCUCGAGAACACGGGCUCGCGCGUCCCGUUCGUCCGGUUUCUCUUUUUCUUCUUUCUUCUUAGCGCUCUGCAACGGUGUCAGAAUUCGGAUGGGGCACGGGGUGGGGGGAGGGGGAGCACCGAUUAUCAUCGCAGGAGACGACGAAGACGACGAUGCAUGCGCCCGAACCCGUGAAGAUAAGCACGAUGAUGUAUGACCCGAUGAGCUAUGAUGUAUGAUGACUGUGUUAAGAUAGAAGAGACAUUUUUGAAAACAUGCAGACCCCCUCGGAGAACUUUUGGAACGAUCCAAGAACAAGUAACAUAAUCGUCCACUGCAAGAUUCCUCAUUUACUCGAGGAUCAACCACGAACCAUAGCAUUUAAUUGCAUGGAAAUAGAAAAUAUCAAAGACGUCGACUCGGUGGUUUAAUUGAAAUUGAAAGCACCUUCUAUCUUCUCUGCCAACGCCGGCGAUCUCGUCGUCGUCUUCGAUCUCGCUCCCGAUGCAAGCCAAAUAUAUUAAGUAUUCAAAUCAUGUGAUUCAAGAGAUAUCGAUUUUUUUCUACUUUUCUAUUCGUUAGAAUUCUACCGAUAGAACGUAUCCGCAAUCGACGACCGUGUUCAAGCUCGCGAUUUCAGUGAAAUUUACGGGAGAGGAAUGGUUCACAUUGUAGAUACCUAUUGUCAUAUGCACCGUGUAAAGUUCUACAGGGUGUCCCAAAAAUGUCUCGCAAUCCGGAAAUGGGGGGUUCCCAAGGUCAUUCGAAGCAACUUUCUCCUUAGCGGAAAUGUUCUACGAGGCUCCGUUUACGAGUUAUUAACGAAAAACGUAUGGCGCCACGCCCCCGCUCGUCUACGCUCCGUCCUCGCUCUCCAAUUGGUCCGCGUUUUUCGCUAAUAACUCGUAAACGGAGCCUCGUAGAACAUUUUCGCUGAGGAGAAAGUUUCUCCAAAUGAUCUCGGGAAUCUUCUGUUUUCGGAUCGCGAGACAUUUUCGGGACUCACUGUAUUCUGCCCAUAGUCGAAGCUUUUGCUGUAAUUUUGGAGAUAUACUUAUUGCAAAUGAUUUGUCUCUCGGUCUUUACCGAUUCGAAUGAAUAAAGAAUUGAAAAUUUU